CCCUCAGGCCCCCGGCGCAGCUACAGCACCGAGGAGCAGCCCCAGCAGCGCCAGAAAACCAAGAUGCUCAUCCUGGGCCUCUCCAACCCCGUCAACUGGGUGCGGACGCGGAUCCUCGCCUUCCUCAUCUGGGCCUAUUUCGACAAGGAGUUCAGCAUCAAGGAAUUCUCCGAGGGGGCGAAGCAGGCUUUUGCUCAUGUCUCCAGAUUGCUGUCACAGUGUAAAUUUGAUCUGCUGGAAGAACUUGUGACCAAAGAGCUGCUGCUUGUGUUGAAAGAAAAGGUUACUUCACUACCUGACAGCCACAAAGAUGCCCUUGCUGCUGACAUAGAUGAGAUUGUGUACACCUCCACAGGAGACAUCUCCAUUUACUACGACGACAAAGGAAGGAAGUUUGUUAACAUCCUGAUGUGCUUUUGGUAUCUAACCAGUGCCAACAUCCCCAGUGAAACUUUAAGCGGAGCGGGUGUGUUCCAGGUUAAGUUGGGGAAUCAGAACGUGGAAACUAAACAGCUUCUUAGUGCAAGCUAUGAGUUUCAGAGGGAGUUUACACAGGGAGUGAAGCCCAACUGGAUCAUUGCACGGAUUGAUCACGCCAAGUUACUAGAAUAAUCUUUCUUGGGAAAAUCAGCUUAUUUGAACUUUCAGCAAUUGCUGUGAAAAACUAAGGAAGAAUUUGGAUCAGUUGAUCUUCACUUAGUCAAGUCUGUGGAUGACUUUUGUAUUAUUCUGAAAUACCCCUUGCAAUAUACUGACAUGACAUAAUAAAGCAUUUCCACAGAUCAUUGUCAUAAGAGAGGUCAACAGCCCAUUGUUGGUGUCACAUCCACUAUCAUCUCUAACGUUACACGUAUGUGUAUAUACACAAACUAAUUUUAUAGACAAUAAAGAAGUAUUAAAAAAACUACA